AAAUCUUUUAGCCACAACUGUAUUACUUUAUUUAUACAAUUAUUUAGUUCCACCUGGUGCUCAUUGUAAUAAUAUUGUUUAUUUUGGUCCAUCUCUUGAUGUCCUGGGAUUAGUCCAAUACCUGACACAGAGGCCUUCUGAGACCUUACACUGAAGCCUGCAGGAGCCUUUUCUCUACAUAAUCCAAUGUAUUUUAGACCAUCCGCAUUCUUCUUCCUACAAUAGCAUUUUAUCACCUCAACGCUCUGACAAUAAGUUCAGCAUCCAGCUGCACAGCGGUGAGCUCAAGCCUUGUUGAUGGAGUCCGGUGGUGAACUUUGUUAGGGCGGAUGGUUUUGAAAGCGGAGUUUUAAUCCAGAAACAGCAUCCUCACGUUGAUGCCCUCAUGUGCCCAUGGAGAAGGAGGCCUUCGAGGGAUGGCUGGAGUCAGUCUCCACCUCCUUCCUGGCACUGAAUGACCAGCAACGCAAUCAGUCUUUGGAUCGCCUGAUCUCGCUAAGUGGCGCCGCCCAACUUCGACACCUGUCCAAUGGGCUGGAGGCGUUGCUGAAGCGAGACUUCCUGCGCUUGCUGCCACUGGAACUGGCCUUCUACCUGCUACGCUGGCUGGACCCUCAGACCCUCCUCACCUGCUGUUUGGUGUGCAAGCAGUGGAACAAGGUGAUUAACGCCUGUCCAGAGGUGUGGCAGGGUGUGUGCAGAGACCUAGGAUGGCGGAUCGAUGACUCCAUCCAGGACGCUGCCCACUGGAAGCAGGUCUACCUUAAGGCCAAGCGCCGCAUGAAGCAGCUGAGAGAGGAAGAUGCCUUCGAGACCAGCUCUCUGAUUGGCCACAGUGCUCGGGUGUAUGCGUUGUACUACAGGGAUGGUCUUCUGUGCACAGGUUCUGAUGACCUCUCAGCCAAGCUGUGGGAUGUGCGCACAGGGCAGUGCAUCUACGGUAUCCAGACCCACACUUGUGCCACUGUCAAGUUUGACGAGCAGAAGCUGGUAACCGGCUCCUUUGACAACACCAUUGCAUGCUGGGAGUGGAGUACAGGGGCCAGAAUACAGCAGUUCCGUGGACACACAGGUGCAGUGUUCAGUGUAGACUACAACGAUGAGCUGGACACACUCGUCAGUGGUUCAGCAGACUUCACUGUCAAAGUGUGGGCCCUGUCAGCUGGUGUCUGUCUCAACACUCUCACUGGACACACGGAGUGGGUGACUAAGGUACUCCUUCAGAAAAGCCAAGUGGAGUCCAUGAUGCACAGUCCUGGAGACUACAUUUUACUGAGUGCUGAUAAAUAUGAAAUCAAGGUUUGGCCCAUAGGGCGAGAGAUCAACUGCAAAUGUUUGAAAACGCUAUCUGUGUCUGAGGACCGCAGUGUGAGUCUGCAGCCCCGUCUCCAGUUCGAUGGCCGCUACAUCGUCUGCAGUUCGGACCUUGGCGUCUACCAGUGGGACUUUGCCAGUUUUGAUGUCCUAAGAGUCAUCAAACCACAGCAAGACCCCGCCAGUCCUUCACUGCUGAGCUUCGGUGAGGUGUUUGCCCUCCUGUUUGAUAAUCACCACCUGUAUGUCAUGGACCUCCGAAGCGAGGCCAUCACUGGCCGCUGGCCCCUACCCGCCUACCGCAAGUCCAAGAGGGGCUCUAGUUUCCUGCCGGGAAUCACCUCCUGGCUCGAUGGCUUUGAUGGCAAGAAUGAUGCAGGCCUGGUGUUUGCCACCAGUAUGCCUGACCAUAGCAUUCAUCUGGUCUUGUGGAAGGAGAAUGGCUAGACAGGAUUUGAGGACACCCCGCCUUGAUGGACGCAAAGGGGGGGGGGAAAGGGUGCUCUAGAUUUAAAAAAAAAACAAAAACCUUGCAGCCAGUGAAGUUAGAUAUUGCAUGGACACAAAUGUUUCUCUUCUUUCUUUCAUUCUGUAUUUGCUCUAAUUAUUUUUAAGUUCAAGAACAACUGGCUGUUUCUUUUUGCUGUGUACAGAGUCAUUAGGGCAUCUUGCAUUUGGCAAUGAAAUUUGGUGGUUAUCAUCAUGGACAGGAACCCCCACAGCUGAGGGAGGUAGCUGGACUGGACAUCCAUUAUGCUAGUGAGAGAGUGCUGACUGGGUAGACCUUUAUGCUGGUGUUUGCAAAUGCGGAGCAGAAGAAACACCAAGGCAGCAGUGGGUGGAGCACUGGACUAAACGAUAACAUCCCACUACAGUAUAAUCACCCGGAAAAAAAGGGUUGAUAUUAAAAAUGUAUUUUGAGUGUCAUUUUUCAUAGAAACAAGCCUGCUUGAUUUUAUUUAUGGGUCACAAAUUUAUAUUUGCAAUACAGGGAAAUGAUGCCUUAAUCCUGUAAUUUCCUUUAAGGAAGAUAUGCUUGCAGAAGGCCACGCCCCUGUGCUCUGCUUGCAUCCCAAACAUCUGUGAUCUCCAUUAUACUGGAUCUUUAAAUGGAUGUGAUAAAUUGAAGUUUGUGUGAAAGUCAUUGUUUGACUAAUAUUGACCCUUAUUUUAAAUUUUCAAUUAGUCAUGUGCCUUUUCAUCUUAAAGUUUAGAUGUCUGCAGUUAUGUGACAAAUCCUUCACCGUUAGAAUUCCUAACUUCAGUAAGAAAAGUAUAUUUAUUUUUACACUUUCAGUGUUUUUUAACCCAAUGUAAUCUAUACCACAAUAUAUACUCUACUGCUAUGUACACAGGCUUAUUCACUUGAAAGAUCAUGUGAAUCUCACUGAAUGUUUGUUUAUUUUUUAAUCUUCCAUUUUAAAGACUGAUCUGUGUCAGUAGUAGAAGGGCAGUGAUGCUGUUGUCAUUUAAAUAUCAGGUGUUCUGACCUAAUUCUGCAAGAUCCUGUUGAUGGAAGCAAGAAUUCACCCUGUUUUUAUACACUUAUCAUCAACGUAAGUGAACAAAUUUGAGUCUAGAACUUUUUUGUGUGUCAUUUGGUAGCAGUUUAACUGUUUGCAUUUACACUCUUUUGCAUAGUGUUCUGAAAACAUCAGCUAAGAUUAUGGAAAGGGGAAGCUUUAAACCAUAAUCAUCAAGAGUGUUUGGCAGAAGGCCUGAUUCACUGUUGUGUUCAAGGCUUCAACAGACGUUUGUGGAGUCUGACCUGCAUGUGUGAUGCUUCAGACUUUCUGGUACACUCAUGUCCCUGUAGACAAUAAUGGCAUCCAUUCUCAAAUGGAACAUUUCAGGUUUGUUGGUUGUAUAUAAUGAUAUACUGUCUUUUGAAUAAAUUAAAGUAGCUAAGGGUAGAUGUUUCCUUUUCUUUCCCUAAGCUAAGAAGACAGUAAAUUUUACCAUGGUAGCAGAACUGUAAUUAAACCAAAAAAUGUACAGGAGGCAUACUGCAGAUGAGCAUCGAAAUAUAAAUCCAUCUAUGUGUCUGUUCUCUCUUAGAUUCACUCUCCUGCUUUGUUUCCUAGCAGCACUUCAGUCUCCAUCUCUGUGUCCUUGCAGGACUUCAUCUCUGUGGUUAGACAAACCUCAGUUACAUGCAGAUCUUGAGUCUAAGAAGGGAAAGUGCUGCUUUUAUGUUGGAUACAGUUUUGGAUCUUUGAUUGGUUAUAAUAAAAAGUUUUGUAGGCAAGAACCUAAAGACCAUGUAGUCCUUAAUCUGUUCUGCCUUUUGGUCUGGUUAUACAGGUUAUGUAUGUUCUGAGUACAUGAUGAUUAUUUCUGAUACACAUUUCUAUGAAGUGCACUAUUCCAGAUCUAUAAAAGUUAUUUUACUUGAACAAUCAUGGGACAAUAAAACUGGAAUUAAAAGGCUGUAUGGCUGUCACACACAUGCA